AUUGCCCUGCGCCACUUAUCCACUCCGAUUGCUACAAACGCCGCUGUGAGCCAUCCUGUGACUCGCUAAACACCGACGAUUGCCCCAUAAUACCGGACGCCUGCUUCCCCGGCUGCUAUUGUCCCGAAGGCACUGUGCGCCAGGGUAAGAAAUGUGUAACUGUGGCCGAUUGCAAGGACUGCGUCUGCAAUUCCAUCGGCAAGUCGCAGUUCUUCACUUACGACAAGAGAGAUUUCCACUUCAACGGCAACUGUACAUAUCUGCUGUCGAGAGAUAUAGUAUUGCCAGGACAGCAUAAUUUCCAGGUCUAUGUCACAAUGGACUAUUGCAAGCGACUAGGUUACACCGCCAAUGCCACACAGGACUCAUGCAUUAAAGCCUUCCAUGUCUUCAAUGGCGAUCACCUCAUACAUAUUGAGCGUCCGAAGGUCGGUAAGGUGCCACGAAUUCUCAUCGAUGGCGCAGAGGAAAAGGUGCCUUUCAAGAAGUCUUGGAUCAGUAUGCGCGAAUUAAAUGGGAAGGAAUUGUUGCUUUCACUCCUGGAAAGUCAUGUGGACUUGCGGGUAUCCUACGACGAUAUGGCCUAUGCGCUCUCUGUGCCCAGUAUCAAGUACAGCGCUAAAAUGGAAGGCCUCUGCGGCAAUUGCGACCACAAUCCCAAAAAUGAUCUUCUUGAAAAUCCCGCCAAGAAAAAAGGACGCACGCCUAGCACAGACUUGGCGGUUGUGCUACAAAGUUGGCAGGCAGAGGAGCCUAAGCUAGGCAAUGACUUACAAAUUUGCUCCCGUGAAAGCGUACCGGAGAAUGAAUGCGAACCUCCACCGGUUGAACAAGAUCCCUGCCAGUUGCUUUACAAUGACGAACUUUUCGGGCGUUGCAACAUCAUAAUUGAUCCUGGCAAAUAUGUCGCUUUGUGUCAGAAGGAGUUCUGCAAACCCGGCAGUCAACGACAAAGUGCUUGCAAUUCGAUGAACGCUUAUGCGCACGAAUGCGCAAAACAGGGCGUUUGCUUGAACUGGCGGCGUCCUGAUCUCUGCCCCUUCGAUUGUCCCACAGACCUAGUCUAUGAGCCUUGUGGUUGUGCGAGGACUUGCGAGACGAUUAAAGCCAUGCAAGAAUACGAUGCAGUCAUAAUGAAGACCGAUAAGUUUGUAAAGACUGUAGAAAUCAAAGACAUGUGCGCGGCCGAAGAACGUUUCGAGGGUUGUUUCUGUCCACAGGGAAAAGUAAUGGAAAAUGGCGAGUGCGUGCCCGAGAAAUCGUGUGUGAAAUGCGACGACUUGGUGCAUGUGCCGGGCGAGAAGUGGAAGAAGGACAAGUGCACCGAUUGUAGCUGUAACCUCGAAGGCAAAGUGGAAUGUGUGGAACAAAAGUGUCUGGUCGAGGAAAAUAUCUGCGCUGAAGGCUUUACACCGAAGAAGUUUGUGUUGGUCGAUGAGUGCUGUCCACGCUAUCGAUGUGUGCCAGAGGCGAAAUUGCCGCCUGCGAAAUUGUGUCUCGAGCCGUUGAUGCCCAUAUGUGGACCCGGACAGUUUAAAAAACAGAAGACCGGACCGGAUGGAUGUCCACAAUUCAUUUGUGAAUGCAAGCCGAAGGAGGAGUGUGAACGUCUGGAAUUGCCACGUGCGCUCAAGCCAGGCGAAAAGGUGGUAGAAGAAGAACUCGGCUGUUGUCCGACACAGGAGAUCGUCUGUGAUGUGAGAAACUGCCCACCAGCGCUAAAGGAGUGCGCUGAACGCUUCUACGAAGUGGUCAGGAAGCAGGAAUUGGGCGAUUGCUGUCCACAUUACUUGUGUGAGCCACCUAAGGAUAUGUGCAUUGUCCAAAAUACUCAAGGCGAGACGUUCAUUAAGGCACUGAAUGCAAAAUGGCCAC